AUGACGAAGAAGGUGGUCUCGCUGGAGACGCUGGCCAAGGACGUUGCUUUUCAUCUCCCUCUCCUCAUUGAUGAUCUCUCGGCUCUGGCCUCACGCUCGGCAAAGAUCGCCUCGCUGUUUGAGGCAUACUUUGAGCCGGUCUCGGCCUACGGUAUGGCUGCUGCCUCCAUGCGCAAGGGGGCAUUGUUGGUCGAUGCCAGAAAGGCCCGCCUCUCGGCUCAGUUGGAGGCUGCCCGUCCCGUCCUCGACGCCUUCCUUGCCUCAUAUGCAGAGAUCAAGCGCCUCGUCCGUAAGCGGGCCCAGCUGUUUUACGCCCACAAGUCGGCGUCCAAGGCCGUGGCCAAGGGCAAGAUUGCUCGCGGCGAGGCGGAUGCGGCUUGGUCCUCCUUUUCUGCCUUCAACGAGACCGCCAAGGCCGAUCUCGACGCCUUUCUCGCCCGCUCCCACUCCUGGCUUGCCCCUGUCUUUGACUGUAUUGCCCGGGCCCAGGUCUACAUGGCCGCAGUCCUCCGCGACGCCUAUCUCUCGGAUUUGGCCUCGCACGUUGUACUCGCCGACGUUCCGGCUGUUCCUACCAAUCCGUUCAAGGCCUCUGCGCUGACGCUCGACGGUAUCGACGACGGCUCGCUAGCCCUGCCAGACUACAGCGACUCGCCGUCGCCGUGGGACGUCCAAGAUGACUCGCUCGACGUCUCUGACUCGCUCAUCGCCGAAGACGUGCUUCGCCUCGACACUGCUGCCGGGCAUCGCACGCGUACCACGUCGACCCUCUCUGUUGCCUCGGCCUCGUCCACCACCUCCAGCCCGCCCCCUCGCUCAGGCCUCCCUAUCCCUCGGGCUCGAUCCCGCCUCUCACGUCCGGUCUCGGUCUCUUCAUUUGUCAUGGACUGGACCGAGUCCGAGUCUGAUGGCGAUACCGACAGCGCUGUCAUCUCGCCGCCUACCUCGGCCUAUGUCCGCGCUGCCAUGGCUGCCACUAACGCCGCUACGCCCGACUCGGACCCAUGUACGCCUGCAUCUACUCCUGCUGCUACGGGUGCUCGUCGUCGCUCCUCGGCUCGCUCCUCGCAUGCUUCGCCGUCGCCAUCACCGGGGCCAUCGUCGCCCGAUCAGGCCACUGCCGUCUCGAUGAGGAGCACCCACAAGGGCAAGGGCAAGAGCAAGAGCAAGGGCAAGGACAAGGAAAAGAGCAAAGGCAAGGAGAAGACAAAGGGCAAGCCGCGCCGCUCGCUGCGUUCGCGCAUCUCGCGAUCGAAUCCCGAGUCGUCGUCGGCCACUGCGGCGGCGGCGGCGGCGGCGGCGGCGACGAGCUCCAUGGAGGCUGCUGAUGAGAACAGCAGCAAUGGCCGCUUUUCUCAACUUGAUUUGGCUCUGAUAGCCAUCUCCAUUCCGGUCCGGAUGCUGCUCGAUCCGCCAGACGUGCCAGAGACGCCGCUGGAAGAGGCUGCGUUCGCGCUGCGGGCGUUCACUGUGGCGCUUGCUGCUGUGCUCUGUCCGCCGGCGUGGCGCCCAGCCUUUGGGCCUGACGACGUCACUGCGCAUCGCGGCCCGGUCGUGCCCGAUGCGGCGCUGGCAGCGUACGCUGCUCUGGAGCUGCCGUACCCGGUCACCGUCACCCUGCUGCGGUCGUGGUACUCGGUCGUGCCGCGACUGGCCGGUGGCUGUCACGAAGCAUCCGAGUUUGAGGCUGCGCUCCAUGCUCUGCUCCUCCCUCUUGUGCUGGCCCCGGCCUCUUCGGUCGUCUGUCGCUACCACCCGCUGCUGGGUGCACUGGCGACCGCAUGCACAACGCUUGCCGCAGCGCCAAGUGGCCUUAUUGCACCCGGUCCCGAGAUCUGCCUCGCGCACACGCUUGUGUUUUGCCUGCGUACGCUUGCUCUGCACCCAAGCACGCCGCGCCAGAUCCAAUCACACUACUUGGCCGACGACUGGGCGUGGAUGCCUCGUGCACGAGUAGUCGACUCGCCAGGCGUUAUUGCCGCUCUCCCAGCCCUGGCCGAGCUUCUCUAUGCCGCAUCCGGUGCGCUGGACGCGCCUGAACCUGUCCAGCUGCAGGCGCUCAUUCUCUCCACCGUCUGCCUGCUCGCCGGCUCGUCGUACGGCCGCAAGGCUCUCGGCUCGUCGGCGCAUGCCACGUCGCCACUCGCACGUGUCUGCAUGCUCCUCGCUCAUACGCCGCCGGUCAGCCCGCGGCCAGACCCGCAAAUCAUCCUCCGCACCGCCGCGCUCCACAAGGUUGUCCUUCUGGUCAUGGCCCGCAUCAACGCAACCGGCGCCAUGCCCUGGCGAGACCUCGCCGCUGCUGGUCUCUCUGACGCGCUCACACAUGCCCUCCUCUGGCUCUUGAGCCUCACCCAUGAGCUGGUCGACUCGCCGGUGUCGGAUGCAGAGGCUGAGACGCUGGUUCGCGGCCUGACUGGCCUCUACGAGUUCAGCCUGCCGGCGGCCGCGGUCCCGCAGGCCACGCUCGACGCCGCACUUGAUGCAGCCGCCGCUGAUGGCGCUGCGCCACCCGCGGCCAUCCUCGACUGCAUUCCGCUGGCUGCUGCUGUUGUCGCUGAUGUGGGCACCGAGGCCGAGUCUCUCGCCGCCGCGCUCGCUGCCAAGUACACGCCUGUCCGCGAGAAGCCGACUGGCCCGCCGCUUGCUCCGCCGUGCCUUUCGCGGAGCCAGGCGGCACUGAUGGCGUCGGCGCCAUGGCUUGGUGGUGUCUUUGACUUGCUCACCCUCCUCUGCUCGGCAGGCAGCAUGCGCGAAGACCCGCACCACGUCGGACCCGAACCGCCCAAGUCAGACGACAAGAAUGAUGGCCCCGCCGCCUUUGGCUUCAACACCGUUGUCAUCGACGCACUAUUUUCUCUUUUCAACGAGGCCACACUUUCGCCGAUCGAGGCCCGUCUCCUCGCCACUCGGCGCCCACUGCUGCAGACAGCAGUGCUCUCGCUGCUCACCCGGCUUCUUGGUGCUGCACCUGACCGCGCGCCGGAGGCCCUGCUUGCAUCUGACGCCCUAGACUUUCUCAUGGGUCCGUUCUUCUACUUUGUGGCUGUUCCGCCGCAUGCACUUGACCCGAACGCUGGCGCGGAUACUGACCCGACAUCGCACGAGACGGUUCCCUGCCAGACCGAGCUGGAGCAGCUCUCGCUCUGGCUCCUGGUCUACCUCGUCACAUCGAGCUCGCACAAGGCGACAUCGGCCGUUCUCCGCAAGUUGUUGUACGUGCUUGCUGCGCACGCGCACGUCCCGGUCCUUGUCCACAACGUGUGCAUGGCCAUCCUCGCGGUCCUGUGCGUCGAACGUGGGACGUACGCGCCGCGGCUGCGGGCAGUGGAUACACUCGCGGUCAUCACCUCGCUGCUCAAGGCGUACUUUGUCACGACCGAGAGCGCCGAGACGCCGCCGCGAGCGUACACUUUUACGGCGCAGCACUCGUUAAUGCAGGUGGUCGACGCAUACUUUGCCCCAUCAGACGAGAUCUACUACGACUCGCUGGUCCGGAUUCUCGACGAGAUGGAGGCAUCGCCCGAGGAAGGGAGCUCGGGUCCGGCGCUCCCGGCGCUUCUAGACGUGCUGCUGGAUCACAUGUCGUCGCCGCGGCUGGCCGUCUUUGGCAUCACCCACUAUGCUCGGCUCAUCCGCGCUGCCGCCCACCUACCGUCGUCGCGAGUGCUCUUUCUCUACAACCGCUACCUGGAGGCCUUUCCUUCCGAGGCGUCGCGCGACGCCGAGACUGCCGAGCUCCAGCUGCAACUUUUAGCCGGAAUCCGGUACGUGCUCCGGCGCUCGCAGGUUUUGCACCAGGGCCGGUUUCUCGCGGUCGACUCCUUUGUCAAAUGCAUGCACGCCAUGCACCAGGCGCUGCGCGGUGACGAGGCGCAGGUUGCCACGUUGUGGGAGGCUAUGUUCAAGGCGUUUAUGGCGCUGAUGGCGAGUAAUGCGAGUGCCAAGGCUGCCUUUGGCGAAAUCAUAGGCUAUCCGCAGCUGACCUCGAUGUUUAUGCACACCUCGGGCAACGCGCCAUCGCGGCGCGACUUUAAGCAUGUAUUCGACAUGCUCGUUGACGGCGGCUUCUCCACCAAGACCCGUUACACCAUCCGCAAUCCGGCUUGCAUCCGCGUCAUCUUUGACCUGCUGGGCUCGGCUUCGCCCAAGCUCCAGACUCUCGUCCUCAACACCGUCCUCACCAUUGUUUCCAAGACUACCAUCAACGUCCAGCUCUGCUGCGGCGAAAAGCUGCUUGAGCGCAUCCUAGACAUUCUCGAAACUGGCGCGCCAUCGGCACCGCUUGUGCCGCUUCUUGUCCAGCUGGUGGAGAUCCUGGGCCGACACAAUGUGACCGUCAAGGAGCUGCGGCUGCUUGUCCGACUCCUGCACCCGCGAGAUGGCCACCGGUCACCGCUCUUUGCGCCGCUCCUCAACGCGUUAGUCGGCAUGACCAUCCGCAAGGGUCCGUCGUCGUUCUUCCACUUUGACGGGCGCGGCGCCCGGCUUGCUGUUGCACCGCUGCCCAACGUCAUUGGCUCAGGCUACACUUUUUACACCUGGCUCCGCAUUGAGGACGCCGACGCUGAGCCGGGAGACAUCGGCGCAGACAGCGCCAGUGGCGGCGGUGACGGCGACGAUGACGAGGGCCUUGGACACGCCGCGCUGGGCCAGCGGACCCUGUCGGCGUCGACCGACGACCUCUCGAUCUCGGCGUCAUCGAUCUCGCUUCCGCAGGGGCGGGAGGGUCCUUUGACCACCAUCGGCUCACCAUUGCCGACACCUGCGUCGGCGCUGCCUGUGCGCUCGUGGUCGACCUCGCUGGCACGGACUCCGUCACGCGAGUCUGUGCGUGCGGCCAAGGCGCGCUCACCACCGCGAUGGCUGUUCUCGUUCCUUUCCGAAGCGGGGCUCGGGGUGGAGGCGUACAUCCAGGCCGGCGAGCUGACCUGCGUCUCACACGUGGGCGCCACCAAAAUCCAGCGGGCUUCGUUCCCCGAGUUCAAGUUUGCGGCUGGAGAGUGGUAUCAUGUGGCGCUGGUCCACUCGCACUCGCGAGUGCCGUGGUCGACUUCGGAGCUCGCGCUGUACGUCAACGGCGAGCUCGUGGCCAAAAAGCCGCUCCGCAUUCCGUCUCUGGGCAGCGCCUCGUCGAGCGCGGCAACGUCUGCAGCGCUGGCACUGGCUGCCAAGUCCUCUCCAGAGCCCGCGCUCCGCUCGGCCUCACUCCGCCCCCUCGCGCUUGUGCCGCCGUCGUCGCCGACAAGCUCGGGCGGCGGGCGGACCAACUCGCUGCCGCCGUCUGCAACGUCUGCGGCUGCAGCUGCUGCGGCUGCGGCCGCGGCUGGGCCGUCGUCACCGAGCGCGCUGCUUGGUGACAGAGCGUCGGCGUCGCCGCAGCUGCGCGCGCUAGAUCCGGACGGCGACGCUGCGCGACGUGAGCUGCCAUUCUGCUAUAUCGGGUCGAGCGUCCCGGGUGGGUCUGCGGCGGCAGCGUCUGCAGCGGCGUCGUCGUCGACCGCGGCGGCAGCGGUUGCAGCGGCAGUCGGACCGGGGAGCGAGACGCUGCCGUACUGCGGGCAGCUUGGACCAGUGUACCUGUUGCGGAGCGCACUGCCGGCGACGACUGUUGCCGACAUCUACUCGCUCGGGCCCGAGUACGGUGGGCCGUUUCAUGAGACAGACUAUUCGCCGCACACCAUGCCCGAAAGCACGGCAUCGCUGUUCUCGGGCGAGCUCAAGCGGUGGAUUGUGUUUGCGUAUAACGCGCGGGCGGCAAGCACGGCCGACGGUGUGGUGACGGACAACGCCCUGCACCCCGACGGCGAGCGGUCGUCGAAUGCGGUGCUCGCGGACGUGACGCCGUGUGUUGCGCGACCAAUCGCCAAGACCAUCACCAACCUUGGGGGAGUCAAGGUCCUCUUCCCGCUUCUCCGUCAGCUGGACAUGCCUGUAGUGGGCGCUGAGGCGGGUGCCGAAGCGCCGCCUUUGCCGCAGCCGGAGCUUCUCAACGCGCUGCUCACACUCAUUUUCGAGCUCCUCCUUGCUGCGCCGGCCGAGCAGGAGGCGUUUCUUCAGAUCUCAGGUGCGCGAGUCCUGGGUCACUUGCUCAAGAGCCUUACGCCGGGCAACAUGUCGUUGGCGCUGGUGGACACGCUUGCGCGGUCGGUGUACCGGCUGCGACGCGAGCUCGCGGCCGAGUGCUUCAAGCACAUUCUCUUCCAGCCUGCACUCUUCAUCUAUGCACACGUCUCUGUUCAGGCCGAGCUCAUCCACCUGCUCACCGAGUAUGUGGUCAACCUGCCGGCUUUUUUCCGGUCGCUUGUGGGCGUCCAGUUCCUUCUUGACGCGCUUCGGCAGUACUACUGGUUCUCGACAGACCAUGCGUCUCUGGCCCGCAGGCCGUUCUUGCAUCCAGUGACCGGAACAGUGGUGGCGCAUCGCCCGCCGCGGGCACACAUCAUGCUCCUGCGCAAGGACAUUAAGGCACUUAUCGCAUGUAUGGUCGUCCCGCAGUUUACCCGCGCCGAGGUCGACGCCAUGGUUGCCUUCCUCCUCGAUGCACAGGACUGGCGUCAGCUGUUUGACCUUGUGCAGACGCUGGUCCACUGGCUGACCGGUGCGCCGCGGCCCCCGUUCCGCGACGCGCUUCGCGACACGCUUGCAGCAGCCGGCGGAAUCUACCUUUGCUUCGACUUGCUCGGAUCGGCUCAUGAGAUUGUGCGCGUAGCUGCCCUCCGCCUCUUGGGCUGCCUCGUCCUCGAGGUGCCAAGCGUGGCCAAGAGCUUCCGUGCUGAGCACCUGGGGUGGGCAGGCGUGACGAACAUUCUUAGUAUGCACUCUCCUGGAGUCCCGACUUUGCAUGCGCUCUUGGACCUUGCGUUGGGCCGGAUUCGCGACCUGCCGGCCAUCGCGAUUGCCGACAAGGCCGAGGUGGCAUCAGAGCUCGACCAGCUGGCGUCGCUCCCGUACGAGGUUCUUCCCGAGGAGCUCAACGUCGUGCUGCCGGGCGCGCUGCAGCCGCUGCUUGCACAGCUUGCGGCGUUGCCUGUGCCGUCGAGACUGCCGCUACUGGCCCAUCUGCGGACGCUCCUGAAGGAGGCGCCGAGGAAUGCAGAUGUACUGGUGGCAGACGCGCUGUGGGCCGAGCGGCUAGCAGCGCUGCUGCCGCGGCCUGACGAGGAUGGCGGCGAAGCGCUGACCGAGCUUGUUGUGGCAGUUGUAGGUGCGGCGCUGGAAGCGUGCGUGACGAACAAGGGAUCGUGGCGGCUGGUGCAGGACGUUCUGAUUGCGGUCCACCACGCUGCGGCGUCGGGUGGGUGCGACGGGCUGGGUGUGAGCCGGAGUGUGCUUGCGCACGCGGCGUCGCGGUUCCACCUUGAUGCCGACCACAUGUUCUCACUGAGCGAGAACGCUGUACUUGACAACGUUGUCCACAUCGUGCUGCUGUGCGAGGCGUUCCUCUUUGCGACACCGAGCACGCUUGCCGAGUACUCGGCGACUGUACCGGUGGUCCACAUCGAGCCUACUAGCGGCAUGUGGCUUGACGCCGGGCUCGGCUUGGCGCUGGUCACGCUUGUGCUGGACACCAACCUGAUGUGUCUGGCGAACAAGUCUGUAGUAUGCGAGCUUGCGCGCGCAACUGUGACGACGGUGAUGACCGGACUGGCGCUUGCGUCGCGCGGCGAGGCUGCGGCGUACGCCGACGCGGUACCGCGGCUACUGAGCGCCCUUGAGGCUACCUGCGGCGGAUGCGGCGGAAUGGUGGAGGUCGACGAGAGCGGCGAGGGCGAGUCGGGUGGGUCGGGAAGCACCAGUGUCUCGAUGUGGCUCGUUCUGCUGCUGGAAGCACUCAUGGUUGCGGGCUCGCGGCUGGGGAGCUUCUCGCCUCCGGCGCAGGUGCCUGCAGAGGUGAUGGGCGGGCUGGCGUGGAUUGCGCGGUCGAACGAUGCAGCGCUGCGGUGGCUGCUGGCGACGGCACCCGAGGUGGAGCCACUGCUUGACGCUGUAGAGAAGGUCAACACGCCUGCCGGGGCGGCGCACGCGUUCUCGGAGCUCUCUGCUGGGCUACGGGAGCCCCGCAUCCAGGAGCGGGUGUUUGGCGUGAUCGGGCAGGCGCUUGAGGCCGAGCUGAGCGAAGUCCGCGAGCGAACUCGUGCACGGCGGAUCAAGAGCGAAGCCGGGGUGCUGCUCGCGACGCGGCGUGUGCGGCAGGAGGAGGUGCGGCAGGUCAAGACGCUGCACAUGGAGCUUGCCGAGUUUGUGGCGCAGACCAAGUACGGGGAGAUCAACCGGCGGUCGCAGGCGUCGAUCAAGCUAGAGGAGAGUGCGCGGCGGAGCGGGCGGGCGUGGCGGCGGACACUGCGGGCGAUUUCGCAGGCGCGCGACCCAUGGUCGGGCGCGAUGGCGGAUGUAGAGCACGACCACUGGAAGCUGGACGCUGCGGAGAACGGGCUGCGGAUGCGGCGCAAGAUGGAGCGCAACUACGAGUUUGACACGCACGCACUUGCUGCGGCGCGACGGGACAAGCGCGUGGUGAGCGCUGAGGCACGUCGGGCACUGUCUUCGGCGGAGGAGCUGGGCCCGAUGGGCCCGGGCGCCAAGCUUGAUCCAGGCUCUGCGGUGGUGCCCGGCGCCGAGGGCGAGGGCGGGCUUGUCGACUGGACGCUUUUGGACGACGACGGCGACGAGGCCGGCGCCUCGGACUCGGAGUCGAGUGGCGAGAGUGGCGUGCUUGAGCUUGUGGGCGGCGAGGCCAGUGAGGAGAGCGGCGAGCGAGAGGCCAAGGUGGUGUACGCGACAGGAGCAGAGCGUGUGACGCUCAUGUCUGUGGUGAAGGGUGUGCUCGAGCUGAGCGCGCGAUCUGUGGCGUUCCGUGUGGCGAAGGAUGUGCGAGCGGAGGCGCAGGCGGACGACGACGACACGCCCGAGGUGCUGCUCUCGAUGUACGAGGAUCUUGUGUGGCCGCUGGAAGCACUACGCGAGGUGCAUGUGCGACGGUACCGGUUCCGUGACGCAGCGCUCGAGGUGUUUCUGGCUGACCGGACCAACUACUUUAUUGCGUUCCCCUCGCGCAAGGUGCGCAACGAGGUGGCACGGCGGAUUGUGCGGCUCAAGCCGCCGCAGCUUGUCUUCCACGGCAUACGCGCACCGCGCGAGGUGUUCCGGCGGUCGUCGGCUACGGCAGCGUGGCAGCGCGGGGAGCUGUCGAACUUUGAGUAUUUGAUGCUGCUGAACACGAUGGCUGGGCGGAGCUACAACGACAUCAACCAGUAUCCGGUCUUUCCGUGGGUUCUUGACGACUACACGUCGGAUGAACUGGACCUGGACAACCCGGCAACGUUCCGUGACUUGUCAAGGCCUGUGGGCGCGCUUGACGAGCGGUCGCUUGCGCGCGGACUGGAGCGGUACUCGUUUGACGACGAGAUGAUUCCCAAGUUCCACUGGGGCUCGCACUACUCGUCGGGCGGAGCGGUGCUGUACUACAUGAUCCGGGUCGAGCCGUUUACCUCUCUGCAUGUGCAGCUGCAGGGCGGCAAGUUUGACCACGCAGACCGAGUGUUCUCGAGUGUGGCAGCGACGUGGGCCAACUGCAAGACGGCCGGAACGGACCCCAAGGAACUUAUCCCCGAGUGGUACUACCUGCCGGAGAUGUUCCUCAACACGAACGGGUUUGAUCUGGGACAGCGGAGCUCUGACGGGGUGUUUGGGGCGCCACGGGCGAUCGGUGACGUGCACCUCCCGCCGUGGGCGCACGGCUCGGCGCAUGAGUUUGUACGGCUGCACCGGCUCGCGCUCGAGUCACCGUACGUGACGGCGCACCUGCACGAGUGGAUCAACCUUGUGUUUGGAUUCCAGCAGCGCGGGCCUGCGGCUGUCGAGGCGCACAACAUCUUCUACUUUCUCACGUACGAGGGCGCGAUCGACAUCGACGCUGUGGAGGACGAGACGAUGCGUGCAUCGUACGAGUCGCAGAUAUCCGAGUUUGGGCAGACGCCGUCGCAGCUGCUGGACAAGCCGCACCCCGAGGUGCUGCCGAGUACACUUGUGACGCUGCGUGCAGCGGCAGGAAUCAAGCCCAAGGGCGCGCGUGCGCGGGUGCUGUUUGACACACCGGGCGCGCUCAAGGCGUUCUUUGUGCAGGUGAUGGACGAGGAGAUCCUGUUCCUUGGAGUGCCGUCGAGCGCGGUGAGCUCGCGUGUGGCGUCGCUCAUCGGGUCGAGCGAUGACCGGAUUGUGACGGUGUCGCGGUCGCGUGUGGUUGCGUCGCACCGGUGGCUGCCCGGGACGGCCAACGCACAGGGCGCGCCGUUUUCUUUUGAGCGCGAUCCUGGACUUGCGCUUGCCAAGAGCGGCGGGGCACGGAAGCGGAUGGGCGUGCCGCUGGCCAACGGGCUCCGCGUCUCUGCGGCGUGUUUUGCGCUGCUGGACGAUGGCAAGUCUGUGCUCUCGUGCGGUUACUGGGACUCGUCGUUCAAGGUCUCUCUGCUCGAGUCUGGGCGGAGCGUGCAGUCUGUGACGAUGCACUCGGACGUGGUGUCGUGCCUGGCGACCGAUGCCGGCGGGCGCGUUGUUGUGACCGGGUCGAAGGACGCAUCGCUGAUGGUGUGGGAGUUGGAGACGGGCUCGUCGGGGUGCGUGAGCGCAGUGGCGCUGUCGAGCGACCUGGACGUCAUUGUCUCGGGCUCGCUCGAUGGGACGUGCAUGGUGCAUAAGGUGUCUGACGGGAGCUACGUACGCACGCUGACGCACCCGCGGGCGUCGCCGGUGACGCACGUGGCCGUCUCGCCGGACGGCGAGAUCUUGAUGUACUCGCUGGCGGAUCUUGUGCUGUACCAGUUCUCGAUCAACGGCGUGCUGCUGGCGUCGGUGGACACGACCGAGCGGCUGAGCGCGGUGGUGGUCAACAAGACUGGCGAGUAUGUGGUGAGUGGUGGCGAGCGCGGAGUGGUGGUUGUCCGAGCGGUCCACACGCUCGAGGCGGUAAGGAGGACCACCUGA